GUUCAAAUUUGCCAUGUUCCAACCGACACAAUGUUACUAUAAAUGUACAUUAUUCCUAAUACAUGGUAGUAGUCACAUCACAUAACAUUAUAAUAAUUUUUAAAGCCACAUCACUUGAAAAUGUCAUUCACCACCACUGCAAACGGUGUUCCUUCCAACUCCACGGUGGCGAUGAUGUUGGGCCGGCGAAGAAUUCCAAUCCACACAUCAUUCUAUUGGGGUCAUAAUGUAGACAUACUAUUCCAUUGCUGGCCCGGGGACAGCGCUGUCAUGUACGCGGUGGCGCUGAUCCUCGUGUUUGUAAUGUCGUUGUUGGUGGAGUGGCUUUCAUUUACCAAUAUUGUUAAAGUCAAACCUGGGACAUCAAACGACGUCGUUGGCUCACUUUUAAGGACGGGCCUGUAUGGUGUCCGUACUGGAUUCUCGUACUUGGUUAUGUUGGCUGUUAUGUCGUUUAAUGGUGGUGUGUUUCUAGCUGCAAUUGGUGGCCAUGUUAUUGGGUUUAUGGUGUUUGGAACAAUGGCUAUUUUGAAGAAAUCUAGUGGGUUGGAUUCUUCUUCCAAACCAUAGAUAUUGUUCGAUCCAUCGUUUUUGGUGUGAUUAUAAAAAUGUCGUAUUGUAAUAAACUGCCAAGGAAAAGAAAGUAUAUAUAAUGGUGAUUUUGUGAGUUAUUAUAAAUAAAAAAGUUCUUUGAUGUUGAAAUGUAAGAACUUUAUGUUUUGUGCUCCAUUUAUGAAAUGUUAAA